AUGUCGGGUCAGACGCUGACAGAUCGCAUCGCAGCUGCUCAGUACAGCGUUACGGGAUCAGCCGUAGCCAGAGCCGUCUGCAAAGCCACCACGCAUGAAGUGAUGGGGCCCAAGAAAAAGCACCUGGACUACUUGAUCCAAGCAACUAAUGAAACAAAUGUGAAUAUUCCUCAGAUGGCUGAUACGCUUUUUGAGCGAGCAACAAAUAGUAGCUGGGUGGUCGUAUUCAAAGCCUUAGUUACCACACAUCAUCUGAUGGUUCAUGGCAAUGAGAGAUUUAUUCAGUACCUGGCAUCUAGAAACACAUUGUUCAAUCUCAGCAAUUUUCUGGACAAAAGUGGAUCUCAUGGUUAUGACAUGUCCACCUUUAUAAGGCGUUAUAGUAGAUACUUGAAUGAAAAAGCAUUUUCCUACAGACAAAUGGCAUUUGACUUUGCAAGAGUGAAGAAAGGAGCUGAUGGUGUAAUGAGAACAAUGGCUCCUGAAAAGCUACUGAAGAGUAUGCCAAUAUUACAGGAACAAAUUGAUGCACUACUUGAAUUCGAUGUUCAUCCAAAUGAACUGACAAAUGGUGUCAUAAAUGCUGCAUUCAUGCUUCUAUUUAAAGAUCUUAUCAAACUUUUUGCUUGCUACAAUGAUGGGGUUAUUAACUUACUAGAGAAAUUCUUUGAAAUGAAAAAGGGACAAUGUAAAGAUGCUCUCGAAAUCUACAAACGAUUUCUUACUCGAAUGACCAGAGUAUCAGAGUUUCUUAAAGUUGCAGAGCAAGUUGGAAUUGACAAAGGCGAUAUCCCUGACCUUACACAGGCUCCUAGCAGUCUCAUGGAGACCCUCGAGCAACAUCUAAACUCACUAGAAGGAAAAAAACCUGGCAACAAUGAAGGAUCUGGGGCUCCUUCUCCUCUGAGCAAGUCUUCUCCAGCCACAACUGUUACAUCUCCUAGUUCUACUCCAGCAAAAACUAUUGAUACAUCUCCUCCAGUUGAUCUUUUUGCAACUUCAUCUACAGCUGCUCCAGUCAGCUCUUCCAAACCAUCCAGUGAUCUUCUGGACCUUCAGCCAGAUUUUGCUGCUACUGGGCAGGCAGCUCCAGCAGCCCCUGCUGGAGCCACUUCAUGGGGAGACCUCUUGGGAGAGGAUAAUCUGGCUGCACUUUCCGGUGUUACCUCUGAGCCACAGAUUUCAGAUCCAUUUGCCCCAGAGCCUAGUGCAACUACUGCUGCAACUGCUGAUACUACAACUACUUCAGCUGCUGCCGCUACAACUACAACUAUUACUGCUGCCACUGCUGAAGUGGAUCUCUUUGGAGAUGCCUUUGCAGCUUCUCCUGGGGAAGCCCCUGCAGCAGCUGAAGGGGCAGCAGCACCAGCUACCCCAACCCCUGUAGCAGCAGCUCUUGAUGCAUGUUCAGGAAAUGACCCCUUUGCCCCAUCCGAAGGUAGUGCAGAGGCUGCUCCUGAGCUGGACCUCUUUGCUAUGAAGCCAACAGAGACUGCUGUUCCUGUAGUUACCCCUACAACUAGUGCAGCCACUCCAGUUCCUGCAACAACUCCUUCUCCAGCUGCUGCUGUUGCUGCUGCUGCUACUGCUACUACGGCUACUGCCACUACCACUACUGCCACCACUUCUGCUACCGCCACCACCUCUGCUCCACCUGCUCUAGAUAUCUUUGGUGAUUUAUUUGAGUCAGUUCCUGAUGUACCUGCAGCACCUAAACCAGAUGCUACUCCUAGCAUAGAUCUCUUUGGUACAGAUGCUUUUUCAUCUCCGCCCCAUGGAGCUUCUCCUGUGCCUGAGAGUUCUCUCACUGCUGAUCUCUUAUCUGUGGAUGCAUUUGCAGCCCCCUCUCCUCUACCCACUGCCUCUCCAGCAAAGGUGGAUUCUUCAGGUGUGAUUGACCUAUUUGGUGAUGCUUUUGGAAGUAGUGCAUCUGAACCCCAGCCCGCAACCCAGGCUGCUUCUAGUUCCUCAGCUUCUGCAGACCUACUUGCUGGCUUUGGCGGUUCUUUUAUUGCUCCCUCUCCAUCACCAUCCCCAGUCACUCCGGCUCAAACCAGCUUACUACAGCCUAACUUUGAUGCAGCUUUUGGGACAACAGCUCCAACGACUGGCAGUUCGUUUGAUGCAUCAGUGUUUGACGGCCUAGGUGAUCUUCUUAUGCCAACUAUGGUUCCUUCUGGUCAGUCUAUAGCACCUUCAGCCACAGCAACAGUCACUGCUUCAGCUGCAAGCAAAGGCCUUGGAAGUGAUCUUGACUCGUCUCUUGCAAACUUAGUAGGCAAUCUUGGAAUUUCUGGUACCACUUCAAAAAAGGGAGACCUCCAGUGGAACGCUGGAGAGAAAAAGUUAACAGGAGGAGCCAACUGGCAGCCAAAAGUAGCACCUGCAACAUGGUCAACUGGUGGUGUCCCAAGUGGUCCAUUGACGGGAGCCGUGCCUCCAGCAAGUGCUGUUCCUGCCACAGGAGGUACUCCACCUGUCCCACAGCCAGGAGCAGCAUUUGGGAUGCCCCCAGCAGGCACAGGUGUACCCAUGAUGCCCCAGCAGCCAGUUAUGUAUGGGCAGCCUAUGAUGAGACCACCAUUUGGAGCUGCCACUGGCCCUGGUGUACAGCUUUCUCCAAGCCCAACUCCUGCUACUCAGAGUCCCAAGAAACCUCCAACAAAGGACCCAUUAGCGGAUCUUAACAUCAAGGAUUUCUUGUAA